GCCCUACGCCUGUUUCUUGGUCGUGACGCAUCUUCUUAGUGAUAUGAGGAAAUUAGCUGCCCACCUACAGUAUAAGGGUGUCGAGGGAGAUGCUUUGAUCAGAAAGAGAGAGAGCACGAAAGCAAGCAAGACCAGCUGGCCUUCACUUUAUUCACCCACCCACUCCAACACCUGCUUGCCCGUGCCUUAUUUUUGCUGAUCUCCGAAAGCUUUGGAUCCCACUGAGCACAGACCAACUCUCACCUCUCCUGGAGGCCACCAUGAGGCCGGUGCCCCCGGUGCUAUUCCUCACUCUGCUGGCUAUCAAUGCAGGCAACAUCCUACCAGGAGCAGCAGAAGUGGAAAACAGAGGGCAGAAGGUGUGGGCCAGAGAAGGGAGUUCAGCUCUGCUGCCCUGCUACCUGAGCCCCAGGAAGCAUGGGAAGAGUAGGAAACAGCAGUCUGACAGGACAUCCGUGCUCUGGAAGCGGCACGGGGCAAGUGCCCCCCAGGAGCUGCACGUGGUGCUGGAGGUGGAGUACACAGGCCUGCGGAAGACGGCUCUGCCCAUGAGGCCACGGGUGUCGGUCCUGGACUCUGCUUUACGCAAUGGCAAUUUCUCCCUGCAUAUCAACCCAGUCAGGAGUGACGAUGCGGGUCUGUAUGAGGCACAGGUGACCUACAACACGGAGGUCCAGAGCUGCCAGGUGGAGCUGGGGGUAGUUACAGUAACCCUCAGUCCACCCAGACCUGUGGUAGAAAAUGAGCCGCUUUUGCUGAGCUGCAACUCUAGCCACCAGGCCAGUCUGGUGGAGACAUGCUGGUUUCACAAUGGGCGCCCAGUCCUCGACUCUGGGGCCUUCUGCUCCUUGCACGGGGCUCUCUACAUCCUCCGGCCCACCGUGAGUGACUCAGGAUCCUGGCACUGUCAGCUCAGAUAUGCCGAUAAUGAAAUCAUUUCUGCCACACACAGCCUGCAAGUUCUAGGUUUUGAUGGCCCAACCAACCCUGUGGUCUAUGCCGCAGCUGGCUCUGCAGCUGACCUACCAUGCACCCUGAACUACCUGCCCAGUGCCUUUGGAAUCCAUGUGGUGAAAGCCCACUGGAGCCACUUUGUAGGAGGACACUUGCAGAACUGGAGCAUCUUGCAGAACCAGAGCAGCAGAAGCUUCCCCCUUCAUCUCCCUGUGGUGGGGCCAGGUGACGCAGGGCGGUAUUGCUGUGCUGUCACUGUUGGCAACAAGAUGCUCAGCAGGGACAUGACCUUGGCAGUAAUAACAGUCACCCCAGGCAUCCAAGGACCAGUUUCCGAGGGAUCUCAUUUGCUGCUCACCUGCAGCCUUACACACCCCCAGGGACAUGAACAUUUCCAGUGGAAGCACCUCAGUUCUGACUCUGCUGGCAAAAAGUUGACUGUGGCCACCUCCCACAACCUGAAGGACAGCCGAGUCCAGACUGGUCCUAUCUUGGAAAUACCCCAAGUGUCACAGAAGGAUGUAGGCAUCUGGGAAUGCAGUGUAUAUGGCCCAGAAGGCAGACUAGGAUCAGUGGAGUAUGGACUGCAGAUCACAGGUGCCCAGGUCUCUGGCCCUCCCACCAUCUUCAGUGGUCAGGUUACUUUUGGACUCAUGCUCACCCUUUUUUUCCUGCUUAUGAUCUGUGUUCUGGCUCUGGGGCUGCAAAAAAGGGCGCGUCUGCCAGCUUCCUUCCCAGCACUGGAACGGAUAGUUGCAGUCACUGUGCCAAAGGAGAUGGAAGAGAACCAGAAAGAGACAAACCAGCAGACUGAGUGCUGAUUGGAACAGGGACACCAGCCCUGGUCUGCAUGGGAGGAUGAAGCUCUGUGUGCUGUGCUGAAGAAGAAUGGGCAUAUGCAGACCUCUGAGGAGGGUCUAGGGACUGCAUGAGCAUUUCAGGAGGCCAUGGGAGCUCUGCACCAGCAGAAGGGCUGGGAAUUGCAUACCAAAACAAGAUGAAAGCCACCGCUGCAAUAAGGGAGCAGGUAGCACAGAUGCUUUGGAGCUGUUGGAAGUGUUUGAGCCAGCAGCCAUCGCCUACUUCAGUUUCACUUCUCUCUCCUAGCUCUUGCCCCUCCUUACUGCCCUCUCAGCCUUUCUCUGCUGGGCACUCAAAUGCAGGAGGCAGCCAGAGCCCAGAUCCCUGACAACCAGCUGGUGUUUUCUCCCCAUGCCCAGUUUCUCCUCCCACUCCCUUCACUGCCCUGCCCCUGCACUCAUUCAGUGGCAGAGGGGAUCCUACGGAGGACUGCACAUAUAACACAUUUUAAGCUUUUUUAUUUUAUUAGAAAUCAUUUGAGAAUGUAAAAUAAAUGUCCAUCAAAAAAA